AUGGGAUCACAACAAACUAGAGAACUCGCUCACACCGAUUUAUCAGACUUGGCCGUAUCAACGAAUGACAAAUUUUCCAACGAUAUUUGUCUCCAUAUAUUUUCCUUCAUCAAUUCCGAAGCUGAGUUUCAAGACUUUAUCAAAAGUUAUUCAAAAGUGUGUCGGCAGUGGCGAGUUAUUAUUUUGCAGUUUUGUGGUUUGAAGACACAAAUUUGGGCUUCCUCUACCAAAGAUUUAAAAUCCAAAACUUCGAAUGGCAUGUUGAAAUAUUGCUUUAUACAGUCCAUUACCAUUAAUAAUUCACAAUUGAAAGGAGGUGAUAUUAGUGGAAUUACUACUGGAUUAUAUUCUGCAAAAUUGAAAGAGCUCAAUAUUAAUUACAAUCAGCUAGAUGAUAAGAGCAUGUCAAUUAUUUCAUCCUCUUUACCAAGUUUAGAGGUUUUGAAAGCAAGAGGAAAUAGCAUCAAAGAUAAAGGACUCAUGUUAAUUGCCCAAUCAGAGAAUUUGAAACAAUUGAAAGUUUUGGAUGUAUAUGCAAAUAAUUUCUCAAGUGAAGGUGUAUUAUCCAUUUGCUCCAGUCCAAAUAUGAAAAAUCUAACAGAACUUAACCUGGGUUAUUGUGAGAUAGGUGCCGAAGGAGCCAAAGCUAUUGUUAAUGCAUUCAAAUUGAAAAAAUUGGAAAUAUUCUCUGGAAGAAUUGGAAAUGAAGGAUUGAUUGCUAUUGCAAAUUCACCAAAUAUGGCUGAUUUACAACUUUUGAAUGUAGAAUAUAAUUAUAUUGGAGAGGAAGGUGCUCUAGCUCUAGUUAAUACUGAAUAUGUAAAGAAUUUGACCAAAUUGGAUAUUUCUUCAAAUGAAAUUGGUUCCACUGCAGGAAAUGCCCUAGUUGGAAGUGAAAUAUUGAAACAUAUCAAAUCUCUCAAACUUGGUUCAUGUGGAAUUGAUCAAGCUGGAGCCAAAACUCUUGCCAAUAAUCCAUUCAUCAAAAACUUGACCUCUCUUGGCUUGCAAAACAAUGUCAUUGGACCAGAAGGUGCCUGUGCUUUGGGUCAAUCAGAAUAUUUGCAAAAUUUAAGAAGAUUGAAUUUACAUGCCAAUAAGCCAGCAAUUUGUGACACUGGGUUAUUAGGACUCGCCAGUGAAAAUGAUGAAACAGGCUCAAAUCUUUUUAGAUUAGAAGUUCUCGAGAUUGGCUUAAAUUUAAUUGGAGAUGUUGGAAUCAAAGCAUUUGCCAAAUUGUCCUUCCCAGCUCUAAAGACAUUGGAUCUUUCCUACAAUGACUUUACUGAUGCUGGUGAUACCUUGUUAAAGAGCUCGAUUUUUAUGAUGAACACAAACGUAAAGACAUUUGACUGUAGAAACUUAUCAAGUUUUCAGCCAAGAGUUUGUCAUUAAUAUAAAUCAAAUACAUUGCCUUCUAUCUGAUUAGUCAAAUAAGAAUUUCGUAAUAUGCAAUAAAUAUCUACAGAAUUAACAUG